UUUGCAGUUCAACGAGCGAGGAAUUUAAACUACAAGGGCAAAAAUGACACCAACGACGCCUUCGUGGUCAUCGCGCUGGGCAAGGACAAGUUCCAGACGUCCAUCAAGGAGAAGGCGACCAGCGCCGUGGAGUGGCAUGAGGAGUGCGAGCUGGCCAUCCCAUCGCACGGCAACACGGCGGCGCUCAGCCUCACCGUGUACCACCGCAACGCCCUGGGCAUGGAUGAGUUCCUCGGACAAAUGCACAUGCCGCUGUCCGAGUUCGAUGUGUACGAGAGACCCAGAAAUAGGUGGCACAAGCUGAAGGGCAAGCCAGACAAGGACCGCAAGAAGGGGGAGAAGGAGCGGGGUGACCUUGAGGUGCGUGUGGCCUUCACCGUCAAGUCCGGAUCGCUUUUGGACGUCUCUGCCGACAAGAAGAAGAACAAGUCCAUCACCUCGCUGAAGAACUUGGGCGGCAGCUUGAUGAGUCUCGGGAACAAGGAGAAAGCCAACAUUAAGAGCUUUGCCAAAUCCGUCAGCCACAAGAUCGACAAGAUAGCGCAGAAGCCAGGCAAGAAGAAGAAGAGCCGCAAGGAGAGCACAGAGGAUGGCCAGGGCUUCCCGUCAGAGCUGAUGCAAUCCAAGCAGCGGGCGGGCGAUGCGGACCCCGGCGUGAUCUCCGACAGUGAUGAGGACGACUUCGGGUUCAGCGAGGAGGUGCGGGUCAACACGAGGUCCAGCAGCCCCUACAGCACCGUGUCCCGAGGCUCAUCCCUACAACAAGAGGAUGAAGGGAUGGGCCUCAAUGGAAACACCACCCCCCUCUCCGAGCCCCACGCCCCCCCCAAGCCAGCGCGACUAGGAGGGAGCAUCAUGGAGGUCCCCACAAUAGCCCUGGACUCCCCCACACCCUCCCCCGAGCCCUCCCCCCUGCCGCCCCGCCAGCCCCCGCCUCGCCAGCCCCCGCCUCACCAGCCCCCGCCCCCCACCACCCAGCCCCCACCCCCCACCACCCAGCCCCCGCCCCCAACCACCCAGCCCCAGACCCCACCCACCCAGCCCCAGACUCCACCCACCCUCACCUUCCCCAACCUCACCCCCAUCACACUGCCAGGCCAGAAGACGCUUGCUCGUGGCUCCUCCUCCCCUGACUCGGCCCUCCCCAGCUCCCUGACAAGUAGUGUUGGCGGCAAGGACUCCCUCCCCAGCCAGGACUCCUCCCCUGAGCCAGUCCCCGCCGUCCGGAAACUCCCCCAAGUGCCUUCCCCAGUUAAGGACACCCCACGUACCCCGGCCACUCCACCCCCAGAGUCCCCCAAGAGUCCCAAGAUAAUCCCGGAUCCCACCCCAGUACCCAGUAAAGCCCCCAUCAGUAAGAAAUCCUCCUUGGGUAAAUCAACCUCAGAGUCUCUCGCCCCAGCUAAGCCAAUACGAUCGGGGCGCUCAUCUAGUGUAACUGACGCCCCAGCCAGCACCCCAGAGCUCCUCCAGGCCCCGGUAGCCAAGAGUCGGUCCUUCAGCACCUCCUCCACCCCUACCCAAAAGGCUUAUGACCAGCCCGCACCGUUACCCAUGUCCCCGAAGUCUAAGGAUGGCAAAGGAAAAGGGUUCGCACUGGCAGCCUUAGCAACGGCCUCAGCAAAGAUAUCACUUGUCGAGAAUGAGGCCAUAUCCCCCUUGUCCCCGCCCGCAUUCCAGGCCAAGACCGACACCUUCCCUCGGCCAAAACCCCCAACGUCAACCUCCUCCUCGAUAUUCACCUUCAGCUCCGAUUCAGGAACCCCGUCAGCCCCCAAUACCCCCAAGGAUAGUAGUUCAGUCCCCUCCCCAGCCCCCACCUCAUCCUCGUCCAGUCGGGGCACCCCAGGCUUGGCGGAGAGGCCCGGGGCGGCGGUGGUGCGCUCGGGCUCCCUCCAUGAGAAGCCCACCAGCCCGCCAGUCCUGGAUGAGUGGGAAAGGAAACUGUAUGGCAGGAAUGCUAUCGUGGGCAGCAUGGAAAACAUGACCCACUCCGACAGCCACUCCUCCCUCAACACCUCCCGCUCCAGCAGCACUCAGGAUCUCCACCGCAUCGAGGAACACCGAUCAAGGUUCCCGGAGACAAAGGCACUGACUCUGGACCGCAAACCCAAGGACAGCACAGAGGAUGGCAGCAGCAGCGAGGGCAACAAGAAGCGCUGGGGCAAGAGUAACCUCAAGUCCAAGCUGUUCGGAGGAAAAGGGGCAGCUGGGUCCAAUGACAGCCUCCCUCGGCACCAGCGGAGUAACCUGAUGGCUCUCUCAGGCAGCCGUGAGCGCAUCGGCGAGGAGGACGGGCGGGUGGUGGAGGGGGGCAACGACCGGCUCCCCCACCCCCCCACCAGGCAGUCUCGGCUUCCACAGGAGAUACAUGACAAGUUUGCUGGAAAGUCGCGGGAGGACCUGAUGGAGACGAUAGUAAGCCUUCAGUCCAUGCUGGAGAAGAACGCCAAGCACACCCGCGACCUGGAAGACUACAUAGACAACCUCCUCCUGCGUGUGAUGGAGACCACGCCGCAGCUCCUUCAGGCACCGGCAAACAGCACCGGCAAGAGCAAGAAGCUGAAGGUGUUUGAUCUUCACUGAAUCCUCCAAGAGUGGGGGUUUGUCCUUGUUUUUAAGUGGCUUCAGCGUCCAAUCGCCAACAUCAACACCGCUGCUGCCACUGCUGAAAGGAGAUGAAGAGCUUUCCGUCCCUGCCACCAGAGCUCUAUAAGGGUAAUGGCGUGUCUUGUGUGCCUUCACUUAAACGUUUGGGGUGCAAUGUUAUGAAGUACGGUUGAAUAAGAAGAAGGGAGUCCAUGGUGGUGAUGUGACAUGUGUGUGUGAUAUUUUUUCCAAGGCUUGAGACAUGAAAAACACUGGAUAAGAGAGUACUGGAACAUGUGUGAGAGAGAGUAAGGGAGAUGAGAGAGCAAAAGAAGAGAGAAAGCGAUGGAGAUUUCAAGUUUUCGGUCACAACUGUUGGAAUUUUGUGUGAAAAAAAGAAAUAAUGACAAAAUAAAUAUACAAAAUAAAUAUGGGUAUGAUGUGCAAUGCUUCAAACUAUUUAAUGAAUGUACUGGUAAUGAUGAUGAUAGUGAUGAUAAAGAAUAAUUAGGAGAUAUUUAUAUGCUUCUUCACUGAGAUAGGAGAUGAUAAGGAGAAAGAGGAAGAUGGUAAUAAUAACUGUGGAAUUUAGGUGUUAGGAAAUACAGGAAAAUGAAAUAGAUGAAGAAGGAAGGAGUUUAGUACCAUACAUCUUCUAUUUAUUUAUCAUUAUUAUUCAUCUUAGUAAUGGACAAUUAGGGCCGUAUUGCUAAACAUUUCGUCGCCCAGGUACAAAUAUUUGACAAGGCUUUCUAGGAGUUUGGGGUAUCUCCAGGAGUAGCUUUAUAACCCUGGUGGUAGUUUGGCCCUUCUUCUGUACCGUGAACCUAAAGAAACACUCAUUAAAACCCAAUUGAUCCCCUCUUUGACCUUUAGAAAUGUUGAUGUGAGAAGCGAAAGUGUCUUAUGAUACCAACCUUAGUGUGUGGAAUAUUAGGAGGAGGAGGGAGAUUGUAAUGACGAGAUGCCUUAUUAGGAGCAGGAGGAGGAGAACGGAGAUGUUAAUGACUAUAGAUGCCUUAUUUAACACCUUAUUCUAAGUUAAAAGUGUAGGGCAGGCAAUCCUUCUGUGAUAGGGAGGCAGGAGGUAUUAGGACAGGAGAAUGUAUGAUUGCAGACAAAAAUAGUGACUCAAUGUACUCUUGGCUCAGUAGGAAGUUAAAUAGGGUAGGAGUGGAGUGGAGGGAGGAUCAGAGUGAAAAAAAAGGGAAAGGAGUAAUGAGAUGAAUGUAGGAAGAGAGGGGGAGAGGGGGAAACAAAAGGAAGUAGGGGAUGAAAUAGCUAGAGUGGAGAGUGUAUCGAAAAAGGAGAGAAAGUGAGGGAGGAAGUGAAGGGUGAAGUAGCUGGGAAAAAGAAAAUAGAGACAGUAAGGAGAGAGAAAGGUAGGAAGGGAAGGGGGUAGAGUGAACUAGCAAAGGAGGAAAAAGUUAUGUACUAUGUGAAAUGAAGCUUCUAAAAUAUAACAAAAUUCAAGAACGGUAAAUCUCUUUCUGCCUGCAACUUACCACAACCGAGAGAGCCCAGGUUCGAUUCCCGGGCAGAGUGGAAAAAUUUAGGUGGCUUUUCCGAUACCCCUACGCCCCUGUCCACCCAGCAGUGAAUGGGUACCAGGUAUUAAUCGGGGGUUGUGUCCUGUCUCCUUGGAUCUGUUCCCUUCUCCUAUAAAUAAUUCCCCUCCUGUCUCUUUCCGGCAUACGACCAUAGAUGUUGCGCCGACUAAAUGAAACUUUCCAACUUUCCUGCAACUUACAAUGACUAGAGAAAGUAGGACUGGGUAGUGGCAAUAUGGCUUCCAAGUUCAAAGGGAGAAAACACCUUUUGUCUUCCACUUCCAUAGCUAUGUUUAACUAUACUUACACAGGAAUAUAGACUGUGUAAUGCUGUGAGGGGGUAUGGAGCGGAUGGGAGUAAUAUGUAUUGUACUGGGGCAUGAAGAGGAGUGUGUAGAGACUGAGGGUGACAAGGGUGUGGUAUGAUGUCAAAUAAAUGAAGGUUAGGAUGUAGGGUGUGCUGUUCUGGUGUCACAAAGGGAUGAAGAAGUGUAGAUAAAACAGUGAGGAAGGGAGAAGGUGAAGAGGGUGUGUAUAUGAAGUGGCUGCAACCAAAGGGACAUCCGCGCCAAAAGUGAGUUUCGAGAUGAUUAGACGAAAGGUUUCCCAAGUUUGUGUAUAAUGCCUUUUCGCCUUAUUUUGAUCCCUCGGUAAAUUUGCUAUGAUCGUCAAGAGUGGGAGAGACUCAGCCCAGCGAACCCCAUAGAGGAGAAUAAGGACAUUAUAUGAAACAACGUUGCCAGAUUGUCGUACUCAGAGCCGCGUAUUUACCAGUUUGUGGCCCAUAACUAUUGCCAAGAAGCACCAAUAAUUAACCAUUUAAACAAUAACCAUAUAUGAAGGCAGUUAUUUAGGUGAUGGAAGCAGUUUUUGGGUCGGAAAUUGGCCAACACAAGAGGCUGAGUACGAUAAUCUGGCAAAAGUACACUCAAGUUGAUCGGUUUUCCCUUUGCUAUCUGUACCAUUCGAUAGAGGAAAGGUACGCCUCAAUGACACUACCCAUUACUCAAAAUUGUAAAAAAACAAAAAACAACAACAACAACCUCAUAUGACCACAGAUGUUGCACCGACUAAACAAAACUUUCCAACUUUCAAAAUUGUAAAAAUGGUGUGGAUAUCCCUUUGGUUCUAGUUACGUUAUAUAUAUGGAAGGCAGGAGUCAUGAGGGUGUGGGAGGGAGACGAGAGGGUCAGUCUUCCAGUCCUACUUCGAUUGUUGUUGGAUCCUAAUCAAGUAUUUAUUCAUGUGCAAAAAGGAGUUAAUAUAUAUGUUUACACAAUGCCAAAUCAACUACUGGCUGAUGGUAGCAAUAAGGUAUAUAUGAGAGUAAUAUAUUUGUAAGUACUGAAGGAGAGGAAUUGUUUGAACUUUGUAUGAUAGAUUAGGCCUUGAAGCAUACUGUAAACACACACACACACACACACACACAUUCAUUCACACACACACACACACACACACACACACACACACACACACACACACACACACACACUCACAUUCAUAUACACCUACCCACACAUACACACACAUUCAUUCACACCUACACACACACACACACACACACACACACACACUCGCAUUCAUACACACCCACACGCAUACAUACACUCUGCCAAACUGUUUUAUAUAUAUAGGAUGAUGCUAUUUAUUGUACAUAUGUCUCUUGUUAACCAAUAAAAGUGAAUUACAGCUGUGAA